AUGAAUCUCAACCUCUCGGGCACGGUGAACGUGUUCAAGCUUCUUUUCAAACCGACUCUGUGUCUGCCGCAGCAUACGGUUGCGACUUUCAAUGACCUGCCAAUCCCGUUUGAAAAAGCUUUCGAGGGCCAGAACCGGCAAUGCGACAUCAGAGCUGUCGUGCUCGACAAGGACGACUGCUUCGCGGUUCCCCACACGAAUGAGGUCCACAAGCCUUACAAGGAGCGCUUCGAGCAGCUCAAGGCCGCGUAUCCUGGCCGUCGGCUGGUCAUCGUAUCCAACACGGCCGGGGCUACCUCUUACGACAGCUCCCUCAAGCUGGCCAAGGAGCUGGAAGAGGCAACUGGCAUCACUGUCCUGCCUCACAAGACGAAAAAACCCGGCUGUGGCACCGAAAUCAUGGAGUAUUUCCGGAGCCAUCCCGAAACAGGAGUCUCCCAUCCAUCCCAGGUCGCCGUCGUCGGUGACCGCCUGACGACAGACAUGAUGCUAGCCAACAUGAUGGGUGGCUGGGGUUUUUGGAUCAGGGAAGGUGUUGUGGCACCAGAGAAGAAGAGCAUUGCAACUCUCGAGGCUUGA